AAGCAGCAUGUGACACAAAGAGAAGUUCCUGCCCUCCUUUACAUUAACACACAAUCUGCUUUAACUGAGAGUCCAAUCCAGAUAUUCCUUGCUGCAUCCAGUGAACAGGGCUCCUGUUUCUGUCGUUGCUGACUUCAUUGGCAAUUGUCAUGGGAAGGAAGCUGGACUUGUCCAAACUGAGCGAUGAGGAGGCCAAGCAUGUAUGGGAGGUCGUCCAGAGAGACAUGAGUUUGCGCAAGAAAGAGGAAGAGCGACUUGAGGACCUGAAGUUUAAGCUGGAAAAAGAGAGCAGCAAAAGAGAACUGCUGUCCAAUGAAAGUCAACUGAACAACACUCACUGCAUACACUGCUUGCAACCCUUCCAGUUCCUCAUCAAUAGUAAGCGCCAAUGCAAAGACUGCCAGUUCUUUGUGUGUAAAAACUGCAGCCGCUACAACAAGAAGGAGCAAGGCUGGGUGUGUGACACCUGUAGGGCUGGAAGGAUGGUAAAGAUAGGGUCCCAUGAAUGGUAUCAGGACCAUGUCCGUUCACGCUUCAAACGCUUUGGCAGUGCCAAGGUGAUACGUUCAUUAUAUAUGAGACAACAGCCUGACGCAAGGGGAGGAUCCAUGCUGUCAGGUCUUCAGGACAGAGUUUACAGCCUACCAGACAUUAACAGAGAAUACCUGCGUCAAGCAAGGGCUGGAAUGUUUGCAGAUGAUGAUGAUGAGGACAUAGUGGACAGUGUAGAAGCUCAGCGCUAUAGUAUGAUGCGCAAGACCAAGCGCCUGCUCUCUGUGCAUCCAUAUGACUUUGAAAAUGACUCUGAGUAUUCGGCUCAGUCUCGCAGACAGUCAGUGCAGUUGUCUCCUUCUCUAGAUCAAGAUGUUUUCCAGUCAUUCUCUGAGUUUACCAGCUCUGGGAAAGAUGUGGCUCGGAAGGAGUCUCUCGUUGCAGAGGCCGAGCUGGCUUCUGUGUUCCACCAGCUACUUCAGGAGCAGGGACAAACUAUGGCUAAUCCCGAGCAAGAGUUCAGUACCGAAGUCCGUCUGACAGUCAACUCACGACGCCGCAGUCUUGAAAACAUCUGGAGGUCAAACCUUCCUUCUUUAACAGAAUCCCAAGUAAAAUGUCCCUUCCCUGAACCCCAACUAACUCGCACCCGCUAUCUCCCUAAAGGCAGCCCUUCCCUUGUACCCAAGGGAUCGCAGUACUCUGGCGAUAUGGACACUUCAGAUGAAGAGAGGGGCGCCGCUCCCAAAGCACCCCCAAAACGCAGGAGUCGGGCAUCUUCUCAAGAAAAUGUGCAUCAUCCAGGCACUCAGAUUUCUGAUCUCAGUAAACGCAUGUCUGCCAUUGAACGCAUGCUAAACCGCCUAGAGGAGAAAAUAUCUGUACAUUCUGAUGAGUCUACAGGUCAUGGAGUGCACACAGAUGCUGACCUGGAGGAGGAAACUCUUAAACGAAAGAUUGGAGAACUUGCCCGUAAAAUCAGUGACAAAGGAGGAUCCUCAGAUGAGGAAAAAAGUCCCAAAUUCAAACUAGCAGUAAAAUCAUCCAGCGAGAUUUCAAAUCAAAAGGUGUACAUGGCAGCAGAUAAGGUAUAUGGCCUAGAGAAGAGCCUACAUGAGUUGGAGGAGACAGCACAACAGAGUGGAACCACCGAUUCUGAGCUUUCAGAAUUAGAGGUCAGCGUGGCAUCUGCCAUGGCACAAGUGCAGCAAACUGAGAGCGAGGUGUCAGAUAUUGAAUCUAGGAUAGCAGCUCUAAGUGCAGCAGGACUUACAGUUUCCCCUUCAGACAAAGCCAAAAGGAAAUCUAGCCCUCGGGCUUCCGCUCUCGCCUUAUCUCGAAGUACAGAACCAUUUGUGCCUUCAUCCCCAGAACAACCCAACCUCACAUCAACACCAAGUGAAGCAAAGAUGCUGUCAAUGCAGCAAGCACUUCAAAAGAAGUUUGGUGUAGAGAUGGCAGACGGGCCCAUUGAAAGAAAUGCUCUUUAUCGAGGCUCCCUGACCCAGCGUAAUCCAAAUGGAAAGAACAGAAAGGCAGAUCGCAUCUUUGCUAGACCGGUUCUCAGCCAGAGAUGAAACAAGGAGCUCGACACAUUUGAUGGCUUCGUCUGCAUUACAUCUAUUAGGAUCUCUUCAUAUAGCAAUCUCUCAUUUAGCUUAUGGCUGGAACACAACCACAGCUCUAUUCACCUAUGCAGUAUGUUUUCUGGGAUAGGCAGGGCA